AUGUAUCCCCCAGAGAGCAUGAGGAUGGCAGAAGCCUUGCGAAGCCGGAACUCCCUGAGAGCACUUGGCCCGUGCCCUCUCCAUGAAAACAACGCCAUGUGCAGUGUGUGCAGUGGCAUGUGCCGGGCUGCCAUGUGCGGGCUGCCAGCAACUGCCAUGUGCAGGCUUCCGGCUGGUGCUGCUGUGAGCCCUGGCUCACAACGACCUGGCGCUUUCGAAAUGCCACGGACCUCUUCACUCGCCGGCAUGCCCAAGAUGCACCUUGCCACGACACGGCGCAACCUUUCGCAGUCGCCAGACGGAGUCGGAAACAGCGGUCACAGACCAAGGAAUUGUCACAGGCGCCUGCAGGGAGCAGAGUCGACUUUGCCACUGCAGUUCUGCGGUUACACGGAGCCGCUCGAAGCAACACACCACCGCGGCCCAUCAGGAGGGGAUGUAGCCUUGCAGAGCAAACCAGCAAGCCAUUGGAGCGGCUCAGCAAGCUAUGCCAGGUGCCGCAGCCGCAACAAAGCUGCGCACCUCUUGGACCAGCAGCCGUUGGAGAGCGCUUUUUGA